GCAAAGUAUUAUUCCACGUUUGUCUCGUCAUGGACCCCCACACUUACCACAGCCCCCACACCUGGGCCCUGUUGCGCUAACACCCCGCAUCUCCACCAACGGCCCUGCCGAGGUUCCUCUCGACUCUCCACAACGAAACUACGCGGAUACCGAGAGUCAUGUCACAACCGAGAUUACCAGCGCUUCAAGCCCUUGAUCUUCUCCGUCUUCCUCCUUGACGUUCGAACAGCAAUCAACAACAUACUGCAGACACUCAACCAAACUGUAACACCGAACAUAUCUCACAAUGACCCACGCAGCCUCCGCCGACGAUCUACGCGUCUCAACGCUCUACGACUUGUCCAAUCAUAUUGCCCUUGUAACCGGUGGAGCCACAGGUCUUGGUGAAAUGGCCGCGCAAGCCUUCGUCCAGAACGGCGCAACCGUAUUUAUCGCCUCGCGCAAAGAGAAAGAGCUCAAAGCUACCACCGACCGCCUGAACGCCCUCGGUCCCGGAAAAUGCUCAUACAUCAUCGGCGACUUGAAGAACAAGGCUGGCUGUUUGGCAGUCUGCGACGAGCUAAAGAAAAGGACGGAUAGGUUGACGGUGCUGGUUAAUAAUACGGGAGCGAGCUGGGGAGACGAUUAUUAUAAUUAUCCGGAGCAUGCGUGGGAUAAGCUGUACGACCUGAAUGUUAAGAGUAUUUUCUACAUGACUGUGGAAUUGGAGCCCCUUCUGCGCAACGGUGCGAAUGCGGAUAGUCCUGGAAGGGUUAUCAAUAUUGCGAGUAUGGCGGGUAUUCAGACACUGGACGUUACAACAGGGGAAGCCGGUGGUCUAUCCAAGCCAGGACAUGGAACAUUCAGCUACGGACCCGCCAAAGCAGCAGCCAUCCACCUCACCAAGAUGACCGCAUCCAAACUCGCGCCCAAGAACAUCAUGGUCAAUGUUAUCUGCCCCGGAGUCUUCCCCAGCCGCAUGACAAACUUCGGUCUCGAGAAGUACGGCAAGGCCCUCACUGCAGGACAGCCCACAGGCCGCAUCGGCAAGCCCAGCGAUUUCGGCGGUUUGGUACUGUUCCUGAGCUCGAAGGCAAGCGCACACAUGACCGGCAACGCAAUCGAGAUCGACGGCGGAGCAACACUGAGUGGUUGGAGAGGCACAUCGCGUGGCGACAGUGAGAGUAAAUUGUAAGCAGUGUAAAACAC